AUGUGCCUCCACAACGUCAUAUUCAACAAGGAAACUCUCAUCGUUAACCUGGCUGAAAACGCCAACACUGGAGUUGGCUCAUUUGAUAGAGACUUUGCCGUCGAGUUCACUCCAGUCGAAGCAAACAGAAAGAUUACUCUUGUGAUCAGACGUCGCUAUCAACAGAGUGUUUUCUCGAACGAGGACAAGUUCGACCGCUCUGGGCCGUCCUUUCCCGCAACUGUUGAGCCUGAAUGGCGCAUCAUUAACGCGGGUGCCUCAGCCAUGGAAGUCAUUGCUGAGCCAAGCCUCAUGCUCAUGCGCCGCCAAUCAGACCGCGCCGGCCUCUUCAUGCUUGCUCCUCGUGCCGUGCAGACGAACCUACGCUUCCCGCAGGUCUGCGAGUGCUUGUCCAGUCAGCUACCUAAGCAGACACCCGAGGACGUAGCCCGUGCCAACGAAUAUCAACGUCUCUAUCAAGUAGAGGCUGAAAAUCGCUCAAGCCUUAGGAAGGAGGCCCUCCUGACGCUCGACGCUCGUAUCAAGCAAGUGAAGAUCGACGCUCAAACUGCCUUCGACGAUUGCAAGCAUCGCUUGGAUCCCGGCUUUGGCGAGAAUUUGGACGAGAUAGCGACUCGUCUCAAGGUUGAGAAGGACUUGUCCGUCUUAUCUGACACCCUUAUCCAUCUUGCCAAGGUCCUAAACACCCGUCCGAAGCCGCGCCCAAAGCCUCGUCAGGCCAAGAGGACCACCACACCCUUUCCAACGAGCAGUGAGCCGACAAAGUCUACUCGGCCGGUUGCAUCGAGUAGCCGGCCGGCCACACUUUCUCAACCUGUAGCAUCGAGCAGCAAGACGGCGCUACCCGCUCAGCCUGUUGCAUCUGGCAGCAAGAUGGCAGCUGAGGUCAUUACUCCACCCGGAUGGACGCGCGUGUGUAAGCCAUGGGUUUCCUGGCUCGUUGACCCUUCGGGCAGGGUCAGAACUUUGCCAGAGGAUGGCUAUGGCGCCGACAACAUGGACAUUAUCUCCGAGUCAGAAACAUCUGGCUCAGAGAAGGAGAGCGCCGACCUUGGCGCCGACGCUAAGAACAGGGCAUCCCCCGAGGUUUGA